ACCCCAAUGGCAGCUUCCAACAGCAAAUCCAAAAAGCCCAAUUUCCCCUCCCAAUCCAACCUAUGCACUACCCUUUUCUUCAUUGUUCUCUUCACAAUUCCUACUUUCUUCCUCCUCCACACUUCUUCCACCUUCAUCUGCAACACCUCCUCAACCCUUAUCAACCAAUGGUCCGGCGAUCUCCGUAAGUCGGAAUUCGCGUGGAAUCGUCUACAAUUCGUCGAAGAACCACCACUCACCUCUCUCAAAAUCGCGGUCUUCUCUCGGAAAUGGCCUAUUAGUUCAGCACCUGGUGGCAUGGAACGCCAUGCCUUCACAUUACAUACAGCUCUGGCACUUCGUGGACAUCGUAUUCAUGUCUAUACUUCACCUCCCUCAGAAGAGAUAGAUGGUCAUGUAGAUCAACCCAGUGGAAGCCCUAAUAUUUCUUCCCCAAAAAUCCAUUUUCAUGAAGGUGAACCAGGAAGAUGGCGUUAUAACCUAGCAUGGUCACAGUUUGAGGUUGAGAACCAACGAGAACCGUUCGAUGUUCUUCAUUCGGAAAGUGUGGCACUUCCUCAUUGGUUAGCUCGUGACCUUCCAAAUCUUGCAGUUUCUUGGCAUGGAAUUGCCCUAGAGAGCCUACAAUCUGAUAUAUACCAAGAUUUGGUACGUAAAUUUAAUGAACCCAUGUCCCCUUCUUUUGAAAAGAAAAUUCAAGGAGUAAUUCCCACUAUUUUGAAGGAAAUUAGGUUUUUCAAAAACUAUGCUCACCAUGUUGCUAUAAGUGAUAGUUGUGGUGAGAUGUUAAGGGAUGUGUAUCAAAUCCCUAAUGGUAGGGUACAUGUAAUUCUUAAUGGUGUAGAUGAAAGGGAUUUUGGUCAAGAUAAGAAAUUAGGGCAUGAUUUUAGGGUUAGGGUUGGUGUACCCCAACAUGCUAGUCUUGUAAUGGGUGUGGCUGGAAGAUUGGUAAAGGAUAAGGGUCAUCCUCUACUCCAUGAAGCUUUCUCUAGGUUACUCAAGAAGCACCCCAAUGUUUACUUAAUCGUCGCCGGUUCCGGACCAUGGGAAAGUCGUUACAAGGAUUUAGGCCGUCGAGUAAUCGUUUUGGGGUCGAUGCGCCCUACGGAAUUAGGGGCCUUCUAUAACUCCAUUGAUAUAUUUGUGAACCCUACCCUACGUCCACAAGGGCUUGAUCUUACUCUAAUGGAAGCGAUGAUGAGUGGAAAACCGGUUCUAGCGCCGCGAUUCCCUAGUAUAAAAGGGACUAUAGUCGUCGAUGAUGAAUUUGGUUUCAUGUUUUCGCCAAAUGUUGAGUCAUUGUUUGAAGCAUUGGAGGCAGUUGUGAAGGAAGGAGCAGAGAGGCUAGAGAAGAGAGGGAAGGCAUGCCGGAAUUAUGCAACUUCCAUGUUUACAGCAAGAAAAAUGGCAUUGGCAUAUGAGAGGUUGUUCCUUUGUAUAAAGAAUCAGACGUUUUGUAAGUAUCCUAUGUCUUAGAAGAAUACUUUAGAAUAAUAGCAAAGAAUUACAAGCUCUCCUAGCUGUAAGAAUUUAUUUGAUGAUACUUAAGUAGUGAAUUACCAUUUUUUU